AUGGCCGCCAUCGCUAGACAGCCCUUUGCUCCCGUCGACACCGCUCGACUGCUGGGCCUCGCCAGCACCAAGAACCGCCAGAGUGCGGCCAACACCUCCGCCGGCAAGCGCAAGGCCGACGCCAACGACUGGGAAAAUGUGAACCCAGUCAUCUUCACCAAGCGCGCUAAAGGCGCUGCCCCGGCCGAGAGCAUCGCGAAGCCCUCCGGCUUCGCGCUCGAGGCACACUUCUCGUCGGCCGCCCUCCCCGACUUCCUGUCCAUGUCGAAGCCGGUCACGGCUUCGACCCCCCGCCAGACCCUGCGACCCAAGUCGCAGCUGGCAAAGCUUCGUGGCCCCACGGCCACCCCCAAGUCGUCCCCGGUCGCGACCCCGGCGGGCCGAUCGCCCCCUGGAAAGCAACGCGCCGGCCUGCUCUCGAGCCGCCGCCGCUCCACCGGCCCCCUCUCCCGCGUGGACCGCCUGUCCUCGUCUGUUCUCGGCUCCGCCAAGGCGAAGCCAUGGACCCUCGAUGGUGCUCUUAAGAGCACCAUCAAGCCCGCUACCCGCCACGGCAAGAGCAAGAGCCGUCUCAGCCGUGGCCUCGACAUCGGCUCCAAAGCGGCGUGGUUCUUUGAGAUCCACGAAGACACCCCGGAGCAGGAAAUGACCAACCUGCUCCAGCACAGCACCUGCGUGCUGGACAUCUCGUCGGACGAAGAGUCCUCGGCGAAGAAGAAGCGCGACCUCCUCGACGGUUGCGACAAGGAGAACACUCCUCCCGCCGGGUUUGUCGCCCAGGCACCGCCCGCCCGCCCCCGCGAUUCGGCCACCAUGGCCUCGGUGCGAUCUCCCCUGGGCGCACUCAACCCCCGCGACUUUUAUGCGGAGGGUUGUGACGAGUCCUCGCUCUUCGUCGUCGACGACGACGAAGAAACCGAGAUCGAGGACAAUUCGGCCUUGACGGGCUUUCAAUUUGCGCCGACACUCGGCGACGCACCCCUGGACCCAGUGUCCGAAACCCUGGACGAGUUGGUGGAGAAGCCCGCCGAGGGCUCCUCCAAGGCUGUUGUCCUCGAGCCCAUCGAGGGCGCAGAGGAGAGCUUUGAGCUCUGGGAAAGUGGCAGCGCCAAAGAUGAGGCGGAAACAGCCGUUUGA